UAAUGUUAGGUGUGAUAUUAAAAUCAAACACGGGAAUAGUCUUACCCUCUUGCUAGACUCUGUUACUCCCAUCAUUUACACUUUGCACGAAAAUAUCCAAGGCACCAGCAACGUAAUCCAGAUAACAACACAAUCUACAUUCUCGUCCAAUAACAAACCUCCACGUGUCAAAAAGCGCAGCUAGAUCAGCACACCAUGAUAUCGACACUGACCUUUGCUCUGUUCAAUCACCAAAAGCAUCAUCAAAGAUUCAAGUCUUCCCCACAAAGACUACACUUUUUCUCAACUCUUUGUCACUUAUUUUAUUGAGCCGCAGUGUAAAAUCCAAGAAGGCCAAGUGAAGAGAUCUGAGUAUGUCCAUGGGCAAGAAAAAUCGUAAAUCCAAAACGAAAAACAGGCGGAGAAAACCUAAGUUUCUAAGUCUUAGUCUUCAGCUUUCUGAUAAAAUAUCUCAACCAUCAAAUCAUCACAUGCCGGCAUCAUCCGCAGCUAGCACCCAUGAUCAUCAAAAUUCUUCUCAACAGCUCAAUCUCUUUCCUCUACACCCAGAAAAUUUGGUCGACGACAAAGACAGUGGCCACGAUGAGAACGUGGCCCUGUUUUUUUCCGGCGCUGAAAACAGCGCCAAUACUCUUACCGAACUUCUCACUUCUUCUAAGGAUGAAAAUGAUAGCAACCAAAGUGGUCCAAAUUACAUGACAGUUUCAUCAUCGGAAGCAAGACUAAAGUAUGCCGAAACUUACAGGGGACAGCAAGGUGAACUAGUACGGACAGCUCUGAGGAACAAAGAGAGGGAAAACAAGGAAGAAGAAAAGUGGGUUGUUUACUCCGACGUUGUUGAUCUUGACCAACAUAGUGAGACGACGAGGAAGGACGAGGAAGUAAGUAGUUGUUCAAUUGAUCGUCCGACGAAGAGAAAUCAACAACAUCAGCAGUUGUCCUUAAAGCUUGAUUAUGAGGAAAUACUGAAUGCUUGGUCCGAUAAGGGUUCGCUUUACCUUCAGGCAGAAUCCCCGCAGAACUUUCCAGAUAUCCAUGACGAUUUUCUCAAUUAUUACGAAACGUCGUUUUCAUCCCAUGGACUAAUGGGUGGCUGGGAUAACAGUACAGUUGUAUAUAGAGUGCCAGAAGUUAUGGCAAGUGAACAAAGUGGAGGUAGAGCCACAGAAAUUUUACAAGAGGAUGAGUUGAAGGUAGGACGAAGAGAAGCCAGUGUAUUAAGAUACAAAGAAAAGAGACAGAACAGGCUCUUCUGCAAAAAAAUCCGCUACGAAGUUCGGAAGCUCAAUGCUGAAAAGCGCCCUCGCAUUAAGGGGCGAUUUGUUAAGAGGGAUUGAAGCGUGUUUUGCCUGAUUUUGGAUCGGAGUUACGAAUGGAAAGCGGGAUGAUUUGUCGUCUUCAUAUAAUCUGGAUAUUGUAAAUGAACUCUUAAAAGGAGAAGCAUGCCCAAAAGCAACUCUUAUCAAUCAAUGAAUAAAAUUGUAAGUCAGGGCAUAUAAAUGAGCAAAUGCUGUUAUGUAAGUUCAUUUUGUUCAGAUAUUAUUUACUGUUAACUUUCUCAAACGUUCAAAUAGAGUCUUGGUUCCAAGUAUAGGGAGAAAAGGAGACCAGUGAAUCAAUUGAUUCAGCUCUGAAACUGAGUGUGAGGAGAAUUUAUCAAACAUGUGAUCAAGCUGCUGAUCACUUUGGUCACCCGUAUCAACGUAAAAGAGCCAAAAGUCCUUGACCGUGUUGUCACUAACACUGAAAUUAAUGGAUGCAAAAAUAAAUGAAGUGAAAAUGGUGUGCUCAUUGUGACUGUUUCUAAAGAGGAGGUGAAGAAUUCCAAAAUAGCCGAGAUUGAAGAAAAAUAGGAGACUUAUAAGGUAUAUUUGGUAGGAAGGAAAAUAUUUUCCACCAAAAAUAAAGUCAUUUUAAGUUGUAUACUCAAUUAUAAGUGCUCUGUAAAUCGUGUUUAUGCUUCGUAACAUUGUACACUGUGAGUGCCGUUUCAUAUUUUCUCCACAAGUUUUCUUUUGA